UAUGUCGAAAAGCAAUUCAACAAAAGUGGCAUUAGUUUGCUUGAAAACAUCUCAAAACAUUACAAAUCAAUCAUUACUUCAAGUUUUUGGGAAACAUGGUAAAAUCACAAAGGUGAGAUAAAGUUUGAAUUAACAUAGAUUUUGAUCUUCGAGUAAGGUCCAAUGCAGACAAAAGUUUUUAUUGAAUAUGAAGAGCCUGAAUAAGCCUAGGAUGCAAUCAAGUAGGGAUUUUAAGUUGAUUUAGCUGUUUAAAUAAUACUAAAGUGAUGAAUAAUAUCAUUUGCAAUGUUUAUCCUUCUAGGCUUAGAGAACUGAAAUUAGAUAAUGUGCCAAAUACAAAAGGAAUGGAUUUGACUUAGAAGUUACCUUUCAGUAUGCCAUCAUUAUGGGACUUGAAUGUAAAUGAAGAUGAGUCUGCAUAACAAGUAUCAGAAGAGAAACUUGUUGAUAUUAGAAUGAAGCUGAGUAUGAUCGAUGAAGAGAUAAGCCGUACUAUAGAGAACAAAUUAGACAAUGCUUUAAUUAAGCUAUAUCAACAGACAAAAUGUCUAAGAGUUCUAAUGGGAGACUAUCAAUUAGAGGAGAUCUUGCAUAAAACUAGCAAAUAUGGAAAAAUAGUACACCUCCUGCCACUCCAUAAUUUAGGUUUACCUGAAGCAGGCAUAAUAGGAAGUGUACGUGAAGUAUGACUCAGAUAAAGAGUGUUAAUAAGCUUAUGAGGAGCUCAAAGACCAAAUGAUUGUGCAGAUCAAGUACAAUUUCGAGAGCAUCCCUGGUUACGUUAUGGUGAACUCAAAUUGCUGAAACAUCCUCUCUCAAUUUAUAAUUUAUUUAAUU